AUGUCUCAGUUCAUAGCUGAUGACUUACAAGACGAUAACCAAACUCAUUAUGGUAAUCAUAAGGAUUCUUUCAGUAGUGUAUCCAGUCCCUUCAUUACAAAUCCCGAGGAAAUCUCGUUUACUUAUGAUAAAGAUAUACUAGAUCAUGAUGUAUUAGAUACUGAAGGUAUGGAUAAAAGUAUAGCUGAUCUUCAAGAUUCCCUUGCUAAUAUGAAAAUCAAAACUGCCAGUAUGAAGAAUCUCCAACGACGUCAACAGGAAGAAGAUGAAACUAUGGAUUCGGCCAAAUAUGAUGAAACUCAAGCUCAAUUCGAUAGAGAUAUAGAUAUUGAUGAAAAGAGUGAAAUCUCUAGAAUAUCGAAAUUAUCAUCUCGAUCAAAGUCCAGUCCCAUAUCUUCAACUCCUUGGAGGCAAUUGAGAUCUUCGUCAUCGACUUCAUAUAACUUACCUCCAAUACCCAAUUUGAAAUUCGAUAUAAAUUUAAAUUCUGCUGGUCAAGAUAGUUCUAACACAAAUGUCAUCAAUGAACUCAAUAAACAAUUAACCGGGUACAAGAUUCAGAUCAAGUUUUUCAAACAGUUUCUUCAAAAACUCAUAGCCAACAAAGAAGAUGUAGAUUUGAGUGAAUUAAAUAGAAUAGAAAACAUGUCCAACUUAUCUCCUAUGAAAGGUAAUGGUGAUUAUAUGAGAUUAGAAAGAGAUUUCAAGGCUUUAGAAAGAGAACAUCAAGAAUUAAAUGAGAAUUAUGAUGAAGUAUUCAAACUCAAUGAAGACUUAUAUUUGAAUAUAGAAAGUUUCCAACAUGAAAUUCAACAAAAGGAGAGAGUUAUAAAUGAAUUAAAUAGUGAAAUAUUAACUUGUCAUCAACUUUUGAAUGAAAUUCUUCAAAAAAUGAUGAAUUUACCUGAAUCUGGAAUAUCAAUGAAGACUUUUGAUGAAGGAUUGGAGAUUAAAUUACAAGUAUUAAAGCUUGAAUUGAAUAAAAAGACAAUACAUCGAUUAGAAGAGAAAAACCUCAAUUCAAGAGACCUUUCAAGAGAAUCUUUUGAUGCUUUUAAAGAUUCAUUUUCUGAUUCUACGAAGAUUCCCGAUAAAGAGAAUGAGAUAAAUCAUUAUAUAAAGACUGUUCAUGAUUUAAUGACCACAUUAGAACAAUUGAAAUAUGAUUUUAAUACCCAAAAGGAGCUCACAACAAAAAUAGAGAAUGAAUUAAACUUCGAAAUCGAGAAAUCUUCCAAGAUAAAGAACAAUUAUGAUUUGAUAAAGAAGAAUUUUGAACUUUUCAGUAAUAAACUUAAUGAUAAAUUAAACACGAAAUUAUCCAACAAUUUACAAUUGGAGAAUUUGACCAAACAAAUAACAGCUUUAACUAAACAAGUAUCCACAUUAACUCGAGAGAAUGAUCAAAUUUCCAUUGAAAAAGAUACCAUAGUUAAAGAUAAUGCUCGUUUAAAUGAUACCAAUACCAAGUUGAAUACCAAAUUCGAAACUUAUCAAAAAGUCAUUGAUGACUUACAAUCAGAGAUCAAUGAUUUCAAAAACCUUCAUAAUAACUCUUCAUACACAGAAUUGAAUGAAGAACUUCUACAGAGUCAUAAAGACUUUAAUAAUUUACAAAUAGAAUAUAAUGACUUACAUGAUAAGUAUGUACAAUUAAAGACAGAUUCUUCCAAUACAGUAUCGGAAUUAACCAAUCAAUUGAAAAGCAAAAAUGAUGAAACUACUCAAAUGAAAUCUGAUUAUUUAGUUUAUAGAAACUUGAAAACUGAUCUUGAUUUAUCAGUAGAGAAACAACGAAUCUUAAAAGCUGAGAAUAUUAGACUUAGUUAUAAAAUAGAAUCUUUAACUAAUGAUAAGAUAGCCUUACAAACAACCAUUCAAAAUCUUACUGAUAAAGUCACCACUUUAACUAAUUCACCAUCUAAAUCAGAAGAGGAAAUUAAUCGAAGAACCAAUAUUUUAGAAUAUCAAAUAACUGAACUAUUACAAUUUGAUUUAUUGAAAUUCCAAAGAUUAAUGAAAUCUUUCAAUAAAAUAGCUGAUGAUAGUUCUUUAAAAGAACCUCUGAGGAAAAUCACUUAUAUGAAUAAUAAGUUGUUACCCAGUAACUCAUCAACUGAUUCCAAUUUAAGUGAAAUUGAUUUCACUGAUAUGUCGAAUAUUAAAGAAUACCAUAAAUCAGUGUUUGAUUAUUUCAUCAGAGCAGUAGAUGUUAUAGUUAAUGAUCAUGUUAAAUUAUUAUUAUCACAAAAUGAAAGUGAAGUAAAGAAUUCCGAUUAUGUGAAUAAACUUCAUAAAAGAAUCGAUGAAUUAAACAAAAUCAACGAUGAAAUAUCUAAGAGUUCUAUUGACACCGAAAGUGAAAUCAAUGAUUCUAUAUCAUCCCCUAGAUCAAAACUUCGAAUUGAUGAGUUAACUAAUCGUUGGAAAGCUGAAAGAGAAGCUAGAGUAUAUGAAAAUAAUGAAGCUAAUAAGAGAUUAAAGGAAUUAGAAUUAGAGAAUUCUCGUUUAAGAGAACAAUUAAGUAGUUAA